AUGGCGUCCCGUGACGACUACUCAGUCGGGUGGGUUUGCGCACUGCCCAUAGAGGUAGCGGCAGCCAAAGCGACCCUUGAUCGCAUUCACGGCAACCUUCCUCCAGGUCCGGACUCAGACGACAACAAUAACUACAUUCUAGGGAGUCUCCAAGGCCAUAAUGUCGUACUCGCGUAUCCGAAUUUCGGCGUGUAUGGUAAAACGUCUGUGGCGAGCGUGGCCACGCAGUUGCACGCGAACUUCAAAUCUAUCCGAUUCAAUCUAAUGGUUGGCAUUGCGGGAGGAGUGCCAGACACGAAAGGGGAUAUUCGUCUUGGCGACAUCGUUGUAAGCAAAUCGACAGCUGGCUGGCCGGGUGUCGUCCAAUACGACCUGAAUGCGGAGCGAGCUGAAGAUCAGUUUAUUCGCGGCAGAGCGUUAGAUCAGCCAACUCGGUUACUUCUCACAGCUACGGGCAAGGCCGAGACAGCCGCCAUUUUCGAUGAAAGCCAGAUACCCCAGUACAUCUCCGAGAUCGUGCGGAAAGACCCCAUCACCUUUGCCCAUCCAGGCCCAGAGCACGACGUCCUCUUUGAGGCAAAUUAUGAUCACACAACCAUCGAGUCUGAAGAGAACGGAUGUAAUCAUUGCAACCCGGAUAGGAUCCAGCCCCGGCGGCCACGGGAAACACAGGAUCCUAUAGUUCAUUAUGGCCUGAUUGCCUCCGGCCAUCAUUUGAUGCGCCACGGAGCGGCUCGGGACAAGUUGGCGCAUAGGAAAGGCGUUCUCUGUUUGGAGACGGAGGCGGCUGGCCUGAAGGAUGCCGCUCAGUACUUGGUCAUUCGAGGAAUCUGCGACUAUGCAGACUCCCACAGUUCCAGGCUCUGGCACGCCUAUGCCGCAGUAGCUGCUGCAGCAUAUGCCAAAGAGGUCCUUUCGUUCAUUCCCAGGGUUCCCAAAACGACACCUCUGGCAACAAACACAUAUGCCGAGGCGGCGCCGGUCCUCGACGCUUUGCUCUUGACCAGACCCGAAGUUGACCGAAAAUCCCUUAUUGCAUUAAAAGGGCGCAGAGUUGACGGCACCUGCGAAUGGCUCAUACAACACCCCAGCUAUCGAGAGUGGCUGGCAGACGCCAGUCCACCACUCCUCUGGAUCUCCGGUGGCCCUGGAAAAGGGAAAACUAUGCUGGCAAUUUAUAUAACAGCGGUGCUACAGCCAGUGGUUGACGCCGCCGAAAAUGUUCUUCUUUACUACUUCUGUAGUAACCGUGAUAAGAACCGGAAUACGGGAUUAACCAUAAUGAGAGGCAUCAUACAUCAAUGGAUCGGCCUCCAUCCACACAUGGCACAAUAUAUCAAGAACUCCUUUGAGGGAACGGAAACAACCAAAUAUACCGUUUCCAGUUUUGUCUCCUUGUGGAGGGUUUUCCUAACCCUGCUUCGGCAGAGUGGGUCUUCCCAGGUAGUCUGUGUGCUGGACGGUCUGGAUGAAUGCGAAAAGGAAUCGCUCAGCCAGCUUCUCGAUGCCGUUGGGAAUUAUUUGUCAAACUCUCCGGAAAAGUCAAGGCCACGACUAAAGCUAAUUCUUCUCUCCCGACCCCAGCCAGCUAUUUUGGAGAGCAAACUCGGCCAAUAUCAGCAGAUCAAGUUGGACGACUCCGAUACGGAGAUUUCGCAUGAUGUCAAAAGAUACAUCUUCGCCAAAGUUGCCGAACUGGCAUCCGAGCAAAAUCUUUCAGAAGAAAUGGUUGCACAAGUUCAUCGAGCCUUGUUGGCUGGCGCUGAUGGUACCUUUUUGUGGGUUGGAUUCGUUGCCAAUGAGCUUCAAGGCAAGAGCUGGGGCGAAAUCAAUAAAAUUCUCCGUCGUGUUCCUAAAGGCCUUGGUGGGGUCUAUCAGCGGCUGCUUCAGCAAAUCGACGACAAGGACGGGCUGGUCCCCAUUCUUCAAUGGAUUGUUCUCGCUGCCCGGCCCCUCACAGUGGACGAAUUGACCGUGGCCACAGGGAUCAAGACAUCUGGUACAUUUCCGGAAACUGAGGUGAUCAAGAAUCGGCUCAGCUUCUGUGGACUACUCGUGAAAAUCGAAGGAGGUGUAGUCAACCUGGUCCACGAGUCGGCGAAGGAGUUCUUUCAGAGCGAUCAAGUCAACAUCAAAGGGAUCAGCAUGUUCCGCAUGAGCCGGCACACCCACAGGACUCUUAUGCGGACCUGCCUAGAACAUGUCGAACGUGGUUACAGAACUCCAGAAAGGAUUGACGAGAAGUCUGGCCGCGAUUUUCUCUUGCCUUAUGCCAGUCAAUAUUGGCCAGUGCAUUUCCAUCACGCCAUUGAUGUGAUUGAUGCACCGUCGGAGUUCUCACGUCCGUUCUUUCAAGUCGAUUCUCGAAUCCGGGACGAAUGGUGGAAAUUCUAUUGGGAGCAGGAGAAGAACGGUGGAAACCCGCCCUCGUUCACGCUCUUGCAUCUCGCUGCGUACCUUGGUAAUGUAGCCUGGGCCAAGAUGUUGAUCAGCGGGCAUGCCCGCCUCAUUUCGCAAAAAGACAACUACGGCCGGGCGCCGCUUUCCUGGGCCGUCAACAGAGGCCACCGAGACAUGGUAGAAUUGCUGAUUCACCGUGGUGCUCGGGUCAAUGCGAAAGAUCGAAGCAAGUUAACGGCACUCCAUAUCGCGGUCACUGGACAGCACAAGGACAUCGUGUGUGUGCUGCUCGACCAAGGUGCCCGUCUCGAGAGUAAGACUGAGCAUGGCGACACAGCACUGAUUCGAGCCAUUCAGGCGAAUUCGAAGGAAAUCAUCCAGAUAUUGCUUAAACGCGGGGCACGCGUGAACGAAUUGCCAACUCCUCCAGGAGUUGUUUCCCUGAGAGGACCUACGGACCCAUUGGAAGAGCGGGUGAAAGAGCUAUUGGGUCUUCAGGAACAGAUUUUCCUGGCACGGUACAAGCAGGCGUCGCGAAAGGUCGACAUGGUCAUGAAGACCCUGAGCCUGUCCUUCCGCUUUCCCAUCAUUCUUCAAUUGAUGACACUAUAUUUGAAAUUUGUGGCAUUCGACCGGUGGGAGCAUAUGUCUGUACUGCAGGAGCUCGUUAAGGAGAACAGAACGGAUGAACUGCGACAAUGGGCCGAAGCAUAUCGCGAGUUCUUCGUCCAGCUGGUUGUUGCGAGGAACCGUAGAAGGCUGACGGCCAUGACCGACUUGCCGACGCAGGUGUUUCGGGCGGUCGCUCCUGGAGAUCUUCAGGCGCUGCUGGUAAUCGCGGUACUCGUUGGCUCGGAAACUAAACUCGCGGCCGUUCGACAUGGAUGGAGAGAAGGAGAUACCAUCACAGCCAGGGCAUUUUCACAUUGGACCGCCAUCGCCUACAACAGAGACGCAGAGGAGUUCUUGCACUACGGCGUUCGCGAAUUCUUGAAUGAUUUCGAUGCCUGCAUCCGAAGUGGCAACCGGGAAGAGAACGUAGCUCGGACUGUGGUACUCUUGACAUCGCACUUCGCCAUGCUCGAGAACAAGGAACCACGGCCGAUCGAGUAUUUCUCCAGGGUAAUCGCAGAAUUCUACGAAGGAUACAUUGGCGGCAGCCACGAGGUUGAAUUGUUCAGUGAUGCAAAUCAGGCAUGCGCCAAUGAGCUGAUCGUCAUCAGCAAAAACCACGACUCCCCCAGAUUGCUUCUCUUCCUGACUAGUAUUCUCCAAUUUGCUCAGCGUUCUCAAGAUAAGGGACGGGACCGCUUUCUCAACAUACCCUCCGCAUCAUGCUUGAUUCUCUGUCAGGAGAAUGCCAUCGCCCACCGAUGGCUGAUUGGCGAGGCAAUCCCAGAGGCAAUGAGUGCCUUGAUAUCAAAGCAACCGCCAGGAUUGCUCCGGAAGCUAACGUGCAAAGCCCUUGUGGAAUGCCUGAUCAUUGGAAAGCAAUAUGGCUUGGCGCUGCCUGCGGUGGCACUGACGCAAAGGGUGAAACAGCAUCUGCACUCAUUGCCAGGAGUCGAAAAUAUGAUAAAUUGGAUCGUUGGUUUAUGA